AUGGCAGCAACAGAGACAAGGGCAAGCCAGGACAUCCUAAUUCCAGAACUCUCCCAGCUUUCUCUCUUGAUAGACAGCAAACCAGAAUGUCUUGGUGCUGGAGACGACGACUUGAAAAAUGCUGCCCUCAGAGCUACCAAAUUCAUAUUCGACCUUUCUGUUCAAUCAGAAAGUCAAGCAAAAGAACAUUUGGAUGGUUUCCUGGCCUCUAUUUCUCCUUCACAAGCACCACAGACGCGGUCGCAAACGCGGAAACGCAAACGAAACCCUAGCCCCCCGCCUCCCCAAAUUAAAUUCGAACCAACCCCUCUCAGUUCUUUGUUUGUGGAUGACAUGGCUGAAGAUCAGGUCUGGUCACAGCUAGAUUUAAAGGCAAAGAACAUAUGUGGCAUCCUCGACUAUAUUUUGGAGUCUGAGCAACCAGAGAGCGGUGAUGAAGGUCCAGCGAUGAGUGAAGAUGACGAUGAAGAGGACCUUGAUGAAGAGACAGAAGUAAGAUUAAUAGAAGCUCUAGAACGAGUACAAAAAGGUGAACGCGUGGACUUCGGAGCGUUGGGGCUGGAGGAUGCGUUAGGGAAGUUCUUAUCAAGUCAAGGUUCUGACGAAGAAGAAGAAGAAGAAGAAGAUGAUGAUGAUGAUGAAGGAGAUGGAAGCGCUGAAAGGGAGGGAGAUGGAAGAGUUGCACUGCGAGAUUCUUCGUCAGAGGAAGAUGAGGAAGAAGAUGAACCAAAAACGAUGCUCGACAUAAUAUCACGCUCUCGGCGCAUCCCAGAAUCCCAAGGAAAGAAAGCGAAACCAAAAUCUCCGGCACACCAGGAACUUGACGAUGGUUUCUUCGAUUUAGACGCGUUCAAUGCAGAGACAGAACGUGCCGAAGCUAAAAGAGCCUCAUCAGGUCGGUUGAACGAUGACGAGGACGAAAGCUCUGACGAAGAAGGCUCGGUCGAUCUGUUUGCGCCGAUCGAUGAUUUCGAAGCGGUGGCGUUUGAUGAAGAGGAUCUAGAGAACGAUGCUAGCAAUCUAUAUUUUGCCGACUUUUUCAAGGCUCCUGCCAGAAGUUAUAGAGCGGGUCCCAAACAUCCAGAUCCCCCGAAGAAGGUCGGUUCCGUGCGGUUCCACGACGAAGUGCGGGUGAGGCCGAUUAAGGCCACAGGAAAGAAUCGUCCAACUUCAGAAAUGUAUAUGGAUCAGGAAGAGAACGAGGACGAGGACGAGGACGGUGGUGAAUUUGAUGGCUUUGGUGGUACUGAUUUGGAAGAGGACAGCUUCGGGGAAUUUCAAGGCAUAGAUGCAGAAGAGGACGAGGAGGAUGAAGAUAGUGGUUUGGACGAUCAGGACGAUGGUGGUGAAAGUGAUGAAGAUGACGAGAUGGAGGAUGAGGAUGAGGAAGAUAAUCCUCGAGACACUAUUGAGCGACUGAAAGACGACCUCUUCGCCGAAGAAGAGCCUGACUCGCAAAGAGAUUUGUCGACGCACGAGAAGCGUAUGGCUGCGCUCAAAGAGCAAAUAUCUGAGCUCGAAGCUGAGAACGUCGGCCAGAAGGAUUGGACACUCUUGGGAGAAGCUGAUUCUCGUUCACGUCCUCAAAACUCCCUGCUUGAGGAAGACCUCGAGUUUGAACGCGUUCAGAAACCAGUCCCAGUUAUUACAGAAGAAGUUGUUCAGGGCCUCGAGGAAAGGAUAAAAGCACGGAUUCGCGAAGGACGCUUUGACGACGUUGUCAGAAUACGGCCGUUUGAAGACAAACCAUUCCUUCCUUCUCGCUCUUUCGAACUGAACGGCAGCAAGUCAAAACAAUCCCUUGCUCAAAUAUACGAAGAUGACUAUGUUGCCACGCAAACCGGUGGUGUGGCGGGCGAAGAUCGCGACGGAAAACUCAAGAAGGAACACGAGGAGAUUGAAAAACUUUGGGAAGGGAUUUGUGGUAAACUCGACGCUUUGUGUAACGCUCAUUAUACACCGAAACAGCCCAAAGCGACGAUAUCUACCGUCUCCAACGUCUCCACUGCCACACUAGAAUCAGCUCUUCCCACAACUCAAUCAGUUUCGACUAUGCUUGCGCCAGAGGAGGUGUUUGCACCAAAAGUGUCUGAUCUUCGCUCCAAGAGCGAAAUGACGCCUGCGGAGAAACAAGCGUUGCGUCGGAAGGAACGCAAAGCGAAGCAGAAGAGUCGAAACGCGCUUGACAAGAGCUUAGACAAAUAUGCAAAGGCAAAGAAGGGUGGUAGUGUUAAGAAACAGAAAGAGGAGGCACUGAAGAGUGUUGUGAAGAGUGGGAAGGGUGUCACGGUAGUUGGAAAAAAGUCUUUGAAGGAUUCGGUCAAAGGCAGAAAGGGCAAAUCAUGA